GGAGGUUAGAGUUAGAAUUAGAAUAUCUUCAACGGGACGUUUAAGUAAAUAACACGUCAGCGCUAAUCUUCGUGAUUAUGAAAAGAAAAAGAAAAAGAAAAACGGGCGUUUUCGUCCAUACAGCGGCCUCCAAUUUGCGUGAUACGCGUCCGUAAAGAGGCCAUUAUUCUAUCGCCAUAGCCGACCUCUCUCCUCCCUUAAAUCUCCCAUCGCCCCCCCAAACCCAUACUCCUGCCUCAACCCCCUCCCGAUCUCUCUCUAAUUCCAUUUCCUCUCUCUACACCCUUGAAUUUGCCGAUCAAUUUCUGUUCUUGUGGCCGGGAAAAUGGCACAGAAGACGGAGAAAGAGGAGACGGAGUUCAAGGUCGUGCCGGAGACCAUCACGCCGUGCGCGAACAACUGCGGCGUCACCGGCAAUCCUGCCACCAACAACAUGUGCCAAAAGUGCUUCGCCGCAACCGCCCUCUCCACGUCCAGCUCCGUCUCGGGCUCCUCGGUGGCGAUUCCGCUCAAGUUCGCCGAGAAGCCCCCCAGAUCUACCUUCCGGCGGUCGUCCCCUGCGAGGUUGGUCCCAGAUCUGAACAAACAGGCCCCGCCGGAGAAGACCGAUGAGAGAGGCGACGACGUCUCAGCAUCUCCUGCCAGGAGAGAGGUUAAUCGUUGCUCCGGCUGCCGGAGGAAGGUCGGUUUGACCGGGUUCCGCUGCCGGUGCGGAGAGCUGUUCUGCGGGGAGCACCGGUACUCCGACCGACACGAUUGCAGUUACGACUACAAAGCCGCCGGCCGAGAUGCCAUCGCGAAGGAGAAUCCUGUGGUUAGAGCUGCGAAAAUCUUCAAACUUUGAAGGAUCCACGUUUGUACUGGAAAUGAAAUCGGAUUCGGGAGGCAACUAGAGAUCGGACGGAGAUCUCAUCGAUCUCUGCGUCCCUCUGCAGCUCUAGCGUGAUAGAUGAUGAUUCCCACAAAAGUGAUCGAGGAAAUUCGUAAUUAAUUGUAUGUGAUCAUAAAAAUCUCGCUUUCCCGAAGGUUUAUGCAUGGAUAAUUAAUCUUGUUUCAGAAUUCACUUGAUUUUUUUACAUUUCCCGGUUGAAUGAUAGUUUAAGAAUUAAUUAUUGCACCACGAAUUCGAAUUAAUUUUAAUAGCAAUGAUUCUGGUGAAGAA